AUGCCGCUGGAGGCGGAGGACGCGCUGUACGUGGCACUGGAGCUGGCCAUCGCCGCGCUGUCGGUGGCGGGCAACGUGCUGGUGUGUGCCGCGGUGGGCACGUCGAGCGCGCUGCAGACGCCCACCAACUACUUCCUGGUGUCCCUGGCGGCGGCCGACGUGGCCGUGGGGCUGUUUGCCAUCCCGUUUGCCAUCACCAUCAGCCUGGGCUUCUGCACCGACUUCCACAGCUGCCUCUUCCUCGCCUGCUUCGUGCUGGUGCUCACGCAGAGUUCCAUCUUCAGCCUCUUGGCCGUGGCCGUCGACAGGUACCUGGCCAUCGGCGUCCCGCUCAGGUAUAAGAGUUUGGUCACUGGGACUCGAGCAAGAGGAGUCAUUGCUGUCCUCUGGGUCCUCGCCUUUGGCAUCGGACUGACCCCGUUUCUGGGGUGGAACAGUAAGGACAGUGCCACCAACUGCACGGAACCCUGGGAUGGAGCCACCAACAAAAGCUGUUGCCUCGUGAAGUGUCUGUUUGAGAAUGUGGUCCCCAUGAGCUACAUGGUAUAUUUCAACUUCUUUGGGUGCGUCCUGCCCCCGCUGAUCAUCAUGCUGGUGAUCUACAUCAAGAUCUUCAUGGUGGCCUGCAGGCAGCUUCAGCACAUGGAGCUGAUGGACCACUCCAGGACCAUCAUCCAGCGGGAGAUCCAUGCCGCCAAGUCCCUGGCCAUGAUCGUUGGCAUUUUUGCUCUCUGCUGGCUGCCAGUACAUGCCAUCAACUGUGUCAGUCUCUUUCAGCCAGCCCGGGCAAAGAAUAAGCCCAAGUGGGCAAUGAACACGGCCAUUCUCCUGUCACAUGCCAACUCGGUGGUCAAUCCUGUUGUCUAUGCCUAUCGGAACCGAGACUUCCGCUAUACUUUUCACAAAAUCAUCUCCAGGUAUGUCCUCUGCCAGACAGAUGUCCUCAAGAGCGGGAAUGGGCAGGCAGGGGCACAGCCUGCCCUUGAUGUGGACCUAUGACCGAGGGCCCGGCCUCUUCCAAGACGCACGUUCACAAUCAGCACAGGGACGGGACGGGACUGGCUGACUGCCGUUGUUAAAGACAGCUACACCGUGUCAGCGCCCGGGCUGCCUCUCGAGUGACCCCAUACCCAGCUAAUGUGCACAUGUUAUCAGUUGGCUCCAAAGGCUCACAAAUGUCUUUCUGGUUCUCUCUGGCUGCUCUGUGUGGAUGAUGCCGAUGGCCUGAAUGGAUUGUAAAAGACUGUUUUUGUUUUUUUAAGAGUCUGCCUCUUUCAUGGUAGAGAAUGAAACUAUUUUACUGUGAAACACUGUGAACUAUUAUAAUACAAAUGUUUUGUUUUGUUUUUUAACUUAGAGGCAGUGAAAGAAUAAAAGUUGAGCGUACUAAAAAUAGAUACUUGUUCCUAGGAAGGUGACCAGGAAAAUUAAGUGUAAUUCUUCAGUCAACAAACUGCUGUAUUUAUUUGGGGAAAUGCUACUCUUGUUAAGUCUGUAAGUAGAAUAUCAUUCUUUGGUAACAUUCUUUUCCAUGUACUAGUGGAACAAAGUGGAGAGAUGGAAUCCCUCUCUCCCAGACUGCAUCUGCCCCUCCGACAGCCAGGCAGUCAAGUGUAGUUCUCUACCAAGCUGAAGUCUGGCCAUGCUGCUGGAGCCCAAGUGUGAAAAUCUGAAUAAGUAAAAAUCAAACAACCAUGUACAUCUAUUAGGUGAAAUAAAAAUAAAACUUCACAAGCUUAGGGUGCUGCA